AUGACUUCCAAGUUUCUUCUUCUUUUUCUUCUUGGUUCUCUUGUCUGUAACACCUAUGGUAGGAAGCUUGUAAGCUCAAAAACUUCUCUGGAAGAAGAAAAAGGAUUGUUUCACCGCGGAGGAUUAGGUGGUGGAGGCGGUGGUGGAUUCGGAGGUGGCGGUGGUGGUGGAUUGGGUGGAGGUGCUGGUUCUGGUGGUGGAGCAGGCUUUGGUGGAGGUGCUGGUGCUGGUGGAGGAGCAGGUGGUGGACUUGGUGGAGGUGGUGGUGGAGGGUUCGGGGGAGGCGGUGGCGGAGGAGUAGGUGGCGGGUCUGGUUUUGGAGGAGGAGUUGGUGGUGGGUUUGGAGGAGGGUCCGGACUUGGUGGGGGAGCUGGAGGUGGUGGUGGUGGAGGGUUUGGCGGUGGUGGCGGCGGGGGACUUGGUGGUGGUGCUGGUGGCGGCGUUGGAGGUGGACUGCAUUGA